AUGAGAAAAUUACAAGUAAUUAAAGUUUUGAGUUUGAAGCAUAACGAAGAAGGGUUGGCAUUUGGAGAUCUUGUUCGAAAUCAAAAUUGUCUGGAGAAACUCUUUAUAAAUAUUGCAAACGGAGAAGGAUUAAAAGGUCUUACAAAAAUACAACUAGAUGCAGAAAUAACUUUUUCUUUUCAACAAGUCCUUUAUUUCUAUUCAACAUUUAAAGUUAAUAGACAUACCGAAAAUUUGACAAUUAGUAAACAAUUAAAGCACUUUACAAUUCGAGAUACGUCUCUCAGUAUUUCUAACAUGACAUCAAUUAUAAAAGGUGCUGACGAGAAUCUUCAUGAACUAUACGCCUCUAAUUGGCAAUCUGCAACAUCACAAAUAAUUGAAUGCAUAUCACAACAUUACCAAAAUCUCGUUUUACUUG